AGGAAACGCGAAGCAAGUGUAGAUCAAUAGAGAAGGAGGUAUCACAACCAUGUUUGUCUUUGCAGUAUUGAGUUUGAUCAGCAUAAGUCCUGCAGCAGCUGGGGUGAACGAAACAACUUACGUCCGUGUACUUCCUUCAACCGGACAAGAAAUCGUGUGUAAUCGAUGUGCUCCAGGGUAUCACCUUCGUGCACACUGCACCGAGACUCGCCAGACAGAAUGCCGUCCAUGUAGCGCAGGAUUCUUCACAGAAUUCUGGAAUUAUAUUCCUGAGUGUCUACCCUGUGACUCCUGCUUCGACCAUCAGGUUGUUAAGCAGCAGUGCACGCAUUUCCAUAAUCAAGUUUGCGAAUGCAAGGAGGGUUAUUUCUGGAAUUUCCACUUCUGCAAGAAGCAUACCGUGUGCGGUGCGGGAUACGGAGUUAAAUCAAAAGGAACUCCGUACGCAAACACAGAGUGCGAGCUAUGUGCGGAUAAACACUAUGCGGCUGGAGCUCCCGGAAAUACAGUGUGCACCCCGCACAAGGCUUGCCAACCCGAAGAGCGGCUUUUACUACAUGGGUCUUGUUGGCACGACAACGUGUGUGCCACCUGCAGUAGUAUAAUAGAGCAAGGCUGGGACAGGCUGAUCAAGCCCCUCCUGUCGGAGCUCUUUGCACAACAGAAACCGCGUCGGCUGCAGCGGUUCGUCAACCGCUUCAUCCUGCACAACGAUGGUCGGACGCGGAGAUCUCAGGUUCGGUCCAAUUCGGACAACUAUCUGCAGCACGCGCAGCUGUGGCUCUGUCGAGCUACACCGGAGCAGUUAACUGAGCUUCCAGACAAGCUGACGAAAGUAAACCUGGACAGCCUGGCUGCCAAAGUGGAGAACAAAAUUAAAAAGUUUCAGGAAGAAACUAAGCAUUGUAGCAACAGUAUCCUUUGACAUUUCUGAAGUGUAGCUGCCCGUAUCCUCUUUACAGUUGCCUACUCCUUAUUACAGAAGGCACCCAAGACGUAAAAUACUCGCAAUAUAAACGGCACUUUCAAAUUCGUUUUUUAAACACGAUUUGUUUAAUAUCAUUGUCUGCAGCAAUUUUUGGUGUGUUUGAAUGGAUAACGUUCUGAUGUGUUUGGAUGGAUGGAAACUUUUUGCAUACUGCGUUUUCCUUGAGGAAGGUUGUGCCUUUUAUCUGUUAUUUAUAAUGGUCUCCUUUCCAUAAAGUGUGUAUAAGUGUUUAUGCUGCAGAGAUUAUUGUUUUAAUUAAACUAAAACAUUUUCAGACAUGGUACAUCUAUUAAAGUCUUGUUUUGAGAUUGUAUUGUCCAUUUCAGGCAUAUGUAGUACGUUCACUUGAUCAGGUUUUUUGUUGUCGUUCUACAGUGUGUAGUUUGUUAAAAUGAUAUUUUUAUUAUUUUAAUGUUGCAGAUUUUUAUGUUUUUUAUUUUAUUUUAUUUUAUUUCAAAUGUCUUGUGAACCUGUUUUUUAAGAUGCCUUUACUGAUCAGGAGCUGUAAUGAGGGCUGAACAGGGCAUUCCAAUAAAACGUAAAACAUAAAUGAU